AUGGAUUUUGAGACUAACGAAGACAUCAACGGGGUACGCUUCUCGUGGAACGUGUUUCCUUCGACUAGAACCGACGCCAAUAAGAACGUUGUGCCCGUCGGUUGUCUGUACACACCGUUGAAGGAGUAUGAUGAGUUACAAGUGGCUCCCUAUAACCCUGUGGUGUGUGCGGGUCCUCAAUGUAAGGGUAUCUUGAACCCUUACUGUGCCAUUGAUCCCAGAAACAACUCGUGGACUUGUCCGAUCUGUAACUCUAGAAACCAUCUGCCAGCGCAGUAUGCCAAUAUGACUCAGGAAAAUAUGCCAAUUGAAUUGCAACACGCUACAGUCGAGUAUAUUACCAAUAGACCAGUGCAAAUUCCUCCGAUCUUCUUCUUCGUGGUCGAUAUCACGGCAGAACAAGAGAACUUGGAUGCUUUGAAGGAAUCUAUUGUCACUUCUCUUUCCCUACUUCCUCCAAAUGCGUACGUUGGGUUGAUUACUUACGGGAAUGUGGUCCAAUUGCAUGAUCUGUCGAGCCAGGUCAUUGAUAGAUGUAAUGUGUUUCGUGGUGACAGGGAAUACCAGCUGGAGCAACUGGUCGAGAUGUUGACUGGUCAGAAACCUACCAACUCGAUGGGUGCCAUGCCAAAUGCUAAGAUCACUCCAUUCUCUUUAAACAGGUUCUUCCUACCGUUGGAGCAAGUAGAGUUUAAAUUGAACCAAUUGUUGGAAAACUUGACACCAGAUCAAUGGACCGUCCAUGCUGGCCAUAGACCACUAAGAGCUACAGGUUCGGCUUUGAAUAUCGCAUCCUUGUUGCUUCAAGGUUGUUACAAGAAUGUUGCUGCAAGAAUUAUUCUCUUUGCAUCUGGUCCAUGUACUGUGUCUCCAGGUUUGAUCGUUUCCAGUGAACUGAAGGAUCCACUAAGGUCCCAUCACGAUAUCGAUUCCGAUCGUGCCAGUCAUUAUAAGAAAGCUUCCAAAUAUUAUAAUCAACUUGCAGAGAGGGUAGCACUAAAUGGUCACACUGUGGAUGUCUUUGCUGGUUGUUACGAUCAAAUCGGUAUGUCUGAAAUGAAGCAACUGACCGAUUCCACUGGUGGAAUUUUAUUGUUGACUGAUGCAUUCUCAACUGCGAUCUUUAAGCAAUCUUACAUGAGACUAUUCUCCAAGGACGAAGAAGGUUAUUUGAAGAUGGCCUUCAAUGGUAACAUGUCCGUCAAGACCAGUAAAGAACUGAAACUUCAAGGCCUUAUCGGUCAUGCUUCUGCAGUCAAGAAGAGUGAUGGGAACAAUAUUAGCGAUUCUGAGAUCGGUAUUGGUGGAACUUCUACUUGGAAAAUGUCAGCGCUUUCACCAAACCAUACUUAUGCAGUUUUCUUCGAGAUAGCUAAUACCGCUGCAACGACUCCCGUUGUUGCCGACAGACCUCGUUUGGCUUACACUCAAUUCAUUACCAAUUACCAACAUUCAUCGGGUACAAACCGUGUAAGAGUUACCACUGUGGCAAACCAAUUGUUACCGUUUGGCGCACCAGCAAUCGCUGCCUCUUUCGAUCAAGAGGCCGCUGCUGUGCUGAUGGCCCGGAUAGCUGUUUAUAAGGCUGAGUCGGACGAUGGAGCUGAUGUUAUCAGAUGGAUUGAUAGAACUCUGAUCAAACUGUGUCAAAAAUAUGCCGACUACAACAAGGACGAUCCUUCUUCGUUCAGAUUGGCACCAAACUUUUCCCUGUAUCCACAAUUUACCUAUUACUUGAGAAGAUCUCAAUUUUUGAGUGUUUUCAACAACUCCCCCGAUGAAACCGCAUUCUACAGACAUAUUUUCACUAGGGAAGAUACAACUAACUCUUUGAUCAUGAUCCAGCCAACUCUGACAUCCUUUUCCAUGGAAGAUGACCCACAACCAGUCCUACUUGACUCUGUCUCUGUUAAGCCAAACACCAUUUUACUAUUGGAUACGUUCUUUUUCAUCUUGAUAUACCACGGUGAACAAAUAGCUCAAUGGAGAAAAGCAGGCUAUCAGGAUGAUCCUCAGUAUGCAGCCUUUAAAUCCUUGUUGGAAGAACCUAAAUUGGAAGCUGCUGAACUGUUGGUCGACAGAUUUCCAUUGCCAAGAUUCAUCGAUACAGAAGCUGGUGGGUCUCAAGCCAGAUUUUUACUGUCUAAGCUGAAUCCAUCUGACAGCUAUCAAGAUGCCACCCACGGCGGCUCUACCAUCGUCUUGACAGAUGAUGUUUCAUUGCAAAACUUCAUGACGCAUUUGCAACAGGUGGCAGUAAGUGGUCAAACAUGA